UCUUCUGGGGUUAUUUACACACUGUUCCUGCUGUUUUAUACAUCUGCUUUUAUCUGAGUGUUUUUUCUCUCGUUACGGAGAGUAACAGUAGCAGCAUGUUGGCACCUCAGGAAAACCGUGUCAUGGCUCUAGAAGAAUGGGAGGAAAGAUGGGAGACGAAUAAGAUCGGCUUCCACCAGCUCACUGUUCACAAGAUGCUGGAGACUCACAUUGACAAAGUAUUAGCAGGACGGACUGGAGUUAAGUUCUUCUUCCCUCUCUGUGGGAAAGCUGUAGAUAUGAAAUGGCUUGCAGACAUGGGUCACUAUGUGGUUGGAGUGGAGCUCACAGAAAAAGCCAUUCGUGAGUUUUUUGAAGAGAGUAAAAUGAGCUACAGUGAGGAGUCUGUGGCAACCGUCCCCGGAGCUAAAGUGUUUAGGAACUCUGAGAAAACCAUUUCACUUUAUCAGUGCGAUAUCUACAAGUUCUCCAGUUCCCUUGAGGGUCAGUUUGGAGCCAUCUGGGACAGAGGUGCUCUCGUCGCCAUCAACCCAAAAGACAGAGUCAAAUAUGCUGCUCUGAUGGUUUCACUCAUGGCUCCUGACUGCAGGUACCUUUUGGACACUCUGCUCUAUAACCCUGAAUUAUAUAAAGGUCCUCCAUUUUUAGUCCCAGAUGAACAAGUCUUGAGCCUGUAUGGGUCCAGUUGUGACAUUGAGCAGGUGCAAGAAGCCGAUUCCUUCACUGAAAGACAUAAAAACUGGGGCCUGGACUACUUAACAGAGAAAGUGCACCUUUUACUUUUAAAAAACAAAUGACUUUCUUAGCUUUUAUUUUUUUACUUUUUUAUUGUUUACUAAUUAUUCCUGACAAGUUAACGUGAAAUAAAAUAGUUAUAGGCCCUGUAGCUGAUUUUUUCCCCCCAUGUAUUCA